AUGGCUAGACGCCGGGCCCGGGCCCAGACGCCAAAAGGGGAAAUUCGCGAUAUCAAAAAGUUGACAGGAGAUGGACUAACGACUCCAUGCUGCAAACGUACGAUGAGACUUCUAAGCGUUCGUGGACGUAUAGCAAGGCCGUAUUCAUACCCUAGAAACCUACUUCAUACCCAAAGACCUGGCUCGUUACAGUUUAAGGUCACAUACCCGAUUCUAUCAUGGCGCGGUGCCAAAACGAAGUCGGCGGCAAGACUGUCAGAUCUUGCUCAAGGUCCCCUGGAAUCCAAGAAACCAUUAGCCCCAUUUACUGAUGACGUUCCACAAUAUCCCGCUGUUGUCCAGGGAGCUAAAUAUAACAUGCAAAAGUUUGCUAACUGUGUUCUUCUCACAAGAGUUGGGAAUUUUUACGAGGUAGGACCCUCUUAA